UGAAAAUCAUAUUGAUGUGAGUCACGUUAGUAUCCGGAGUGUGUGUGAACGUCCGGAGUGUGUGUGAACAUUCUGGACUGUGUGUGUGUGAACAUUCUGGACUGUGUGUGUGUGAGCGUCUGGAGUGUGUGUGUGAGCGUCCGGAGUGUGUGUGAUCGUCCAGAGUGUGUGUGAUUGUCCAGAGUGUGUGUGAGUGUGUAGAGUGUGUGUGAUUGUCCAGAGUGUGUGUGAGUGUGUAGAGUGUGUGUGAUUGUCCAGAGUGUGUGUGAGUGUGUAGAGUGUGUGAUUGUCCAGAGUGUGUGCCUCAGACCUGUGGGAUUCUGGGAGGUGACGGAUGUCCAGGAUCUCGUGUUGGACUGAAAUGACGAGUCUGCUGACCUGAUGGCUCUUCACACUGAACUUCAUGCCUCUACAAUGAGACAAGAGUAAACCUUUUUUCAAGUGAUGGCUGAGACUGGAUCCCGGAACCACGCUGACCUUCUCGAGCAUCUCUGGAAGUGCGUGACACCACCCGAAGGUUCUGAAGGAAAGGAAAAGCUCCAGACUUCAUCAUGAAGCUGAUUCUUCUGCUCCUGAGGCUGGUGUGUUUGGCCUGCUUGUGGCCCGUCACGCUGCUCAACCACCGGCACCCGAACCGCAGGAAGAACAAGGACGUGUACCUGGGAGAACACGCCAAGAACAAACACGCCGGCCGGAUUGACUACAAGCUGAAAAAGCAGGACAGCACCAAGUCCCUCCUGAUCAAAACCGAGCAGCUGCUGAGGAUCGAGGAACACGACUUCGCCAUGCGCCCGGGAUUCGGAGGCUCGGCCAUCCCCGUGGGCAUCGACGUGCAGGUGGAGAGUUUAGACAGCAUCUCAGAGGUCAACAUGGACUUCACCAUGACGCUCUACCUGAGGCACUACUGGAAAGACGAGCGUCUGGCUUUUCCCUCGGGGAACAACCUGAGCCGCACCUUCGACUCCCGGCUGGUGAAGAAGAUCUGGGUUCCUGACGUCUUCUUCGUCCAUUCAAAGCGCUCCUUCAUUCACGACACCACCAUGGAGAACAUCAUGCUGAGGGUUUAUCCAGACGGCAACGUGCUCUAUAGCGUCAGGAUAACAGUGACCGCUCAGUGCUCCAUGGACUUCAGCAGCUUUCCUCUGGACACUCAGAACUGUUCUCUGGAGCUGGAGAGCUACGCUUAUAACGAAAACGACCUCAUGCUGUACUGGAAGAACGGAAACGACUCUCUGAGAACCGAUGAGAUCGUUCUGUCUCAGUUCUUCAUAGAGGAGUUUAACCCGUCCAGUGGCCUGGCCUUCUACAGCAGCACCGGCUGGUACAACAGACUCUACAUCAACUUCAUCCUCAGGAGGCACAUUUUCUUCUUCAUGCUGCAGACCUACUUUCCCACCAUGUUAAUGGUUGUGCUCUCCUGGGUCUCCUUUUGGAUCGACAGACGAGCCGUACCUGCUCGUGUCUCACUCGGAAUCACCACCGUCUUGACCAUGUCCACCAUCAUCACCGGCGUGUCAGCGUCCAUGCCCCAGGUAUCCUAUGUAAAGGCGGUGGACAUUUACCUGUGGUCCAGCUUCCUGUUUGUCUUCCUGUCAGUCAUCGAGUACGCAGCUGUGAACUACUUCACCACCGUGGAGGAGAUGAAGAAGAUGAAGAAGGGAAAGGUUGAGAUCUCCUCCUACAGACAUCAAUUCGAUGCUUCCCAGGCAAUGGCCUUCGAUGGCUGUUUCCACGACCCGGACAUCGAGCUCAGCACCUUCCCUCAGCUGACUGACCUCGGCGUGGAAGCUCCCAUGUCCUCACAGAACUCCAGCGUCCCGGAAGCUCCUCCUGUUCUGGGAACACGUCUGCGGAAAUCACGGCCUCUGAGACACCACCUCCACCUGCUGAUGAGCAACAGCUACAUGAUUGACUCGUACUCCAGGAUCCUGUUUCCUCUCGCCUACCUCACCUUCAACAUCAUCUACUGGACCGUCUACACCUGAACCUCAAACACCACCUGAUAAAACAUCAGGACGGUUCUUUCACACGAAACGUGAAUCUCGUGAUGGUUAGUUUACUUCAGAAUAACCUUCUGACUCCACAUGAACAGAUUAAACAACAAGUUUAUGGAAGGAGUCUCCAGUGUCAGUGUCAUUAUGACAAAAGUGUUUAUU